AAAUUACAACGACAGCGCCCCCUACCACGGCCAUCGUCUCUACGCUUCCAAUGACCACGUUCGGUGCCACCACCACGGCCCCGACCACCGUGCCGGGCACCACCCAGGCCCCGGACUGUGAGGAGGGAGAACAGGACUGUGGCGGCGAGACGGAGGCGCCCGACAUCUACGACGUGGUGACAGCAGGAGGCUUCGCAGCGGCUGACCCAAGCACUGACUUCAUGCCAGCGUACGUGUGGUUCGCCUGUAACUUUGAGUUCUCGUCUUUCUGCGGCUGGUCCAAAGAACCAGGAAACGGUGCCGAGUGGCUCAUCCAGACCAACAACGCUCCCGCCAUUCACAGAGGACCGACACACGACCACACAGGCAGACCAGGGAACUUCAUCUACAUGCAGCUGAUGGACACAGACGUGUACAGCAAAACAGCCGAGGACGAAGAGGAAAAGUGGGCGAGGUUGGCGAGCCUGCCCAUCACGGCGCCGGACGCCGACCUGUGCAUGUCCUUCUGGUAUCACAUGUCAGGUGACCACGUGGGGGCGCUGCACAUCAAGCAGAGGAAGGAGGCCGAAGGGGAGCAGACGCUGUGGACACUCAGGGGACAUCAGGACAAACGCUGGAGGGAGGGACGGGUCUUACUGCCGCACUCCAGCGUCUCUUAUCAGGUGGUGGUGGAGGGUGUUGCACACAGACGCAGCACAGGUCACAUAGCUGUGGACAACAUCCGGAUCAUGGAUGGGCUCAAUGCUGAGGACUGCCAGG